AUGUUUCAAAGAUUAUCAGGACUCUGUGUGGGUGUGGUUAUCCGAGAUAGCAGGGGCUUGGUGAUUGCUGCAGGUAGCAAAGUCUUAAAUGGAGCUUUUGCUGCAGAUGUCACGGAAACACUUGCUGUAGAGGAAGGAAUCCGCUUGGCAAAGGAGUUGGAGCUUCUCCAAGUGAUUAUCGAGUCCGAUUCAGUCGUGGUGGUUGAAGCCAUUAGUGUAGGCAAUUGUAAUGGAGGGCUGGGUCCGAUCAUUCAAGGUUCUCUAGAGCUGCUGCGUUCCUUUAAGAGCUGGAAAGUGAGGCACCUGAAAAGGGAAUACAACAAGGCAGCACAUGUUUUGGCACAAGCUGCUAAGGCAACUGGAACAUCUCAACAGUGGAGAGGUUUAGAGCCCCCAAUGAUCCAGAGGGUUCUUCUAGUGGAUAGGGCUAAAUGCUAA